AUGCGAAGAAAGGAUUUAGAGUUUCAAGCUGGUGAUAAUGUGUUUUUGAGAGUUACACCUGUGACUGGUGUUGGGCGAGCAUUAAAGUCUAAGAAGCUUAAUCCUCGCUUUAUCGGUCCUUAUCAGAUAUCAGACAGAGUUGGAAACAUGGCUUAUCGAGUGGCGUUACCGCCUAAUCUUUCAAAUUUGCAUGAUGUGUUCCAUGUAUUGCAACUCCGAAAGUAUGUUCCUUAUCCGUCGCAUGUAAUUCAUAUGGAUGACGUGCAAGUAUGGGAUAAUCUCACGGUGGAGAUGAUGCCGGUGCGAAUUGAAGAUCAUGAGACAAAGACACUCAGAGGCAAGGAUGUUGCUUUGGUUAAAGUGGUAUGGACGGGAGCUGCUGGAGAAAGAAUGACCUGGGAAUUGGAAAGCAGGAUGCGAGAAGCUUAUCCAGAGUUGUUUGAAUCAG